CUUUCUCAACUCCACUUUCUCUCUCCCGACCUCCCCGCGUCGUCCUCGAUCUUAAUUAUUGGUUCCUCCUUGCAGCUGCUAUUAUACGCCAACCCUUCCAAUAUAUCUUGGCAUACUUGACAAUUCAAAAAUGUGAAUUCGCUUAGCUCGAGGUAAUUCGAGCAAUGAGAAGUUGAAAGGGUCAAAGAGUGUAUUUCUUCCCGCAAUAGAGUUCGAUCCCCCAACCAUCAACCACAAUAUCGACUGCAACCCAAGCACCAUCCACGGAAGUAAUUGCCUCUGGCUUUGCGUUCACAUUCCAGCAAUCAUGGAUCCUGGGCAGGAAGCCGCCGUUCCUCAUCCAGCAGCAAAGGGAGGCUCACACAAUCCAGAAAUUACCACGGUGGAUAUUUCUCCUUCGCAAGCGGAUCAAGGUCUGUCAAAAAUCGAAGAUCCAGAUGAACAGCAAAUCGACUAUUCGAGCAAAGCGGAGAAUAGGUCUACUUGGUCCGACUACAUGCGGAUCUUCACCUACUCGACUUUGACGGACAGAAUACUGCUGGGCAUCGCAUUCGUCGCCGAGAUAGCGACGGGCUGUACUCUCCCUCUCAUGAAUAUUGUCUUCGGCCAUCUCGCAACCCAUUUCAGUGCCUACUUCACAUUUGGCAGCACGACGACGAAAGCUCAGUUCCUUCACAUCUUGAGCCAGCAGACGCUAUACAUUGUGUAUCUCUUCAUCGGAAGAUGGGUGUUGAGCUAUAUCAGCAUGCUCAUCUUCCGCAUGGCAGGUCUUCGUACGUCUGCCAAGCUUCGGUCCACAUAUCUAAAAGCGCUCUUCAGCUUGCCGGUUCAGGUUCUGGACACCCUCCCCAGCGGUCAGGCAUCGAAUACGAUAACUAGCACGGCUAACGUGAUUCAAGUCGGGAUAUCGGAUAGGCUAGGGAUCCUCAUCCAAUUCAUCUCCCUCUCUAUCGCAGCAAUUGUUGUCGCCUUCACAUUCUCAUGGGCUCUUACGCUAGCCACACUGUCGAUCGUACCAUUUAUUAGCCUCUCCUACGGAGUUGUCAUACCAGUGAUCCUCAGGAUGAGCAAGCAAGUUGAGCAUGCCGAUGGAAAAGCAUCGUCGAUUGCUGGAGAGGUCCUCGGAUCCAUCCGAAUGAUUGUAGCCUGUGGAGCCGAAGAACGAAUCGCUAGGAGAUACGCGGGAUGGGUCGAAGAGUCGAGACGUCGUGGUCUGAAGAUUUCGCCAUUCUUGGGACUCCAAUACGUGCCUCCUUACUUUGCCGUGUACUCCACAAUGGCUCUGUGCUUCUGGUUCGGGUUCAAGCUGUACCGUGAAUAUCACAUUGACAGUGUAGGGACGAUCGUCAUUGUUCUUACAUCUGUAAUGAUGCUUGCCUUCUCAGCUGGGCAGACGGCUUCUCCCAUAGCAGCUGCUUCUAAAGCCGCAAGCGCUGCUGGUGACUUCUUUGCAAUUAUCGAUGCCCCUAAACCAUCUACGGCAGGGCUCAAAGAACCUGCCGUCUCAGCCCAUGACGAACUCCGACUUGCAUCUGUCACCUUCGCAUAUCCGAGCCGGCCUCAUGUAAAAGUCCUCGACGAUCUCAAUGUCAGUUUUGAACCAGGAAAGAUAACUGUCAUCGUUGGAGCUUCCGGUUCGGGAAAGAGCACAAUCGUGGGGCUUCUUGAGCGCUGGUAUGAACUGAGUGAUGCAAGUCGAGUUGUGCUUCCGGCAAGUCGUAUGGAAAGGAAUGGCGAGAAGGAGAGCAAGUCAAAAGAUCAUCAAGAUGCCACAGAAGAAAAUGGAGAGGCUCCUGAACCUCCCAUUGCUUUGAGUGGCUCAAUCUUCGUUGGCGAUAAGAACAUCGACUUUGUCGACCUGAAAUGGUGGAGAUCACAAAUUGGUCUCGUUCAACAAGAGCCGUUUAUCUUCAACGACACUAUAUAUAGGAACGUUGAAUACGGCUUGGUUGGCUCUCAGUGGGAGAAAGAAAGUCCUGAAAUCAAGAAAGGUCUCGUUGAGGAAGCCUGCAGAGAGGCAUUUGCAGAUGAGUUUAUAGACAAACUUCCACAGCGCUACCAGACUCACGUUGGUGAUGCCGGCAUCAAGCUUUCUGGAGGCCAGCGCCAGCGGCUGGCUAUUGCCAGAAGCAUAAUCAAGCGGCCGAAGAUUUUGAUUCUAGAUGAGGCAACGAGUUCCAUUGAUGUGCGUGGAGAGAGACUCGUACAAGCCGCCUUGGACAAGGCCAGUGAGGGCCGAACAACAAUCACCAUUGCUCACCGCUUGUCAACGAUCAAAAAAGCGGAUAAAAUUGUGGUCUUGCACAAGGGGAAGGUCGUCGAGGAAGGGAACCACAAGAGUUUGCUCUCAAAUCUCGACGGCGUUUAUUGGGCUCUGGUGAAUGCCCAGCAGUUGUCUAUGGACGAGCCAUUCCCGGAAGAGGAGGCAGGCAGAAUCCAAAGCUCAAACCCUUUAGCGCGAGUACAGAGUGAGGGGAGUGGAAAGGCGAACGAUAUGGAAGUCGAAGCGCCGUAUAAGCCCAAAUCAUUCUUUGGGAGUUUUGGUCGUCUCAUGUAUGAACAACGCAGCCAAUGGCAAUGGUACGUUUUAUUAGUGGUGACAUGUAUGGGAGCCGGCGCCGCCUUCCCAGUUCAAGCCUACCUCUUUGCUCAAUUAAUAACCGUCGUGGAGCUGAUCGGCCCAGCUCUUAUCAACGCGAUUGCACACUGGUCAUUGAUGUUUGUCGUGCUUGCAAUUUGCCUUGCGUUUGCCUACUACUGGCAAGGAUGGUCGUCUAACCAGGUCUCCGUCAAUGUUUCUUGCACGUAUCGCCAGCAGUACUUUGAGAGCAUCUUAGCCAAACCGAUCUCGUUCUUCGACGCAGAGGACAAUUCCAGCGGAACACUGACCGGCCGAGUGGCGAAUGACCCGACGCAGUUGCAGCAGCUUCUCGGCGUCAAUAUGGCGAUGGUCUUUCAGUCUAUUUUCAGUCUCAUAGGCUGCAUCAUAAUUGCGUUUGUCUUUGGCUGGAAGCUUACGUUGGUCGCUGUAUUUGUUGCACUCCCGAUUAUUAUGGUCGGAGCCUUCUUUCGCUACCGGUUUGAAGUCGAAUUUGAGAAGAUGAAUCAGGAGGUGUUCGCCGAAAGCUCCAAAUUUUCCGCUGAAGCCAUUGGAGCCUUUCGCACGGUCACAUCAUUGACGCUAGAAGACACGAUCACCGCUCGCUAUGAUGUCUUGUUGCUAGGCCACCUGGAUAAAGCCUUUAAGAAGGCGAGGUUCUCCAGCAUGAUUUUUGCUUUAAGUGAUAGUGUAAAUUUGUUGUGUAUGGCGCUGACAUUCUAUUAUGGUGGCAAAUUACUCGCUUCGCGAGUGUACGGUGCUGCAGCCUUCUUUGUGGUUUACAUCGCUGUAAUCAAUGGUUCUGAGAGUGCUGGGGCAUUUUUAAGCUUUGGACCAAAUUUUGCACAAGCUGCACAAGCGGCGAAUCGAAUCCUCAGCUUCAAAAUUCCCACAAAGCGAAAAGACAAGGCAACUUCAGAGCUCCAGGAUACAGAAGGAGGUGUCAAGAUAGAGUUCCGCGACCUAUGGUUCAAAUAUCCCACACGAGAUAUUCCGAUCUUCACUGGUCUCAAUUUGACCAUUGAGAAAGGGCAAUUCGCUGCCUUGGUCGGUCCAUCCGGGUGCGGCAAAACCAGUGUAGUUUCCCUCCUCGAAAGAUUCUACGAACCCCAAAAAGGAAAAAUACUCUGCAACGGCACCCACAUCGCCGAUAUCGACGAGAAAGAAUACCGCAAAGCCAUCUCCCUCGUCGCACAAGAGCCGAUUUUGUAUCAAGGAACGAUUCGAGAGAACAUUCUACUCGGUGUAGCUGAAGCAACUACUCAGGAGGCAUUGUAUGAGGCCUGCCGCGAGGCCGAGAUCCACGAUUUCAUUAUGUCGUUACCAGACAGUUAUAACACAGAAGUUGGCACGAAAGGCAUCAAUCUCUCCGGUGGCCAGAAACAGCGGAUUGCUAUUGCACGGGCGUUGAUCCGUAAUCCGAAGAUACUGCUUCUCGAUGAGGCGACGUCGAGUCUCGAUAGCGAGAGUGAGAAGUUGGUGCAAAAGUCUUUUGAGAAGGCGGGGAGGAAGGGCAGGACGAUGGUUGUUGUGGCUCAUCGGUUGGCUACCGUGCAGAAUGCGGAUGUUAUAUUUGUUAUGGGGAACGGGAGGGUGUUGGAGAAUGGGGAUCAUCAUGCGUUGCUGAGGGAGAGGGGUGUUUAUUAUCAGAUGUGCCAAUCGCAAGCGCUAGAUCGAUGAAAAGCUAGCCCGUUGAACUUGUGCCUUUACUGCCCCUAAAUAUAAAGAUUUAUACUCAGCGAUCUGAAAGUUACCUUGCCAUCUAGGGAGAGAUUUGCAAUGGACAUAGGGAGGGCACAAUAAAUAUUAUAAUAUAGCUAUUUAUAAGCAUGUUCCACUUA